AUGGCGUUUGCGCAAGUUCCGUGUCUUCGGCGCUGCAAAGCUUCGCACAACGCGUUUAGUUUCGCGCGAUCUUGCGGUGGUGGAGGAUCACGCUUUUCGGAGGAAAGUGGACAUUGUGGAAAUGCGAGUAGAGAGGAGUGCAGCACGCAGAUUCACACCAUCCAUCUCAUGAUAACUCAGACGAAGGACCUGGUGAAGGACUCCGUCGGCAUGUCCACCUACGAGAGGACGAGCGACGCGCCUUAUCUGACCAUCAUGACGAGGAUCGUGGGGGUGUGCACCGCUAUUGUUGUGUGCGGCGUCGGCGUGGAUGUGGCGUACCAUCGACACGUCAUGGGGCUUUACGUUACGGCGGCGUCAGGUGUCAUCUUCUUCCUCGAAGUCACUUGGGCCAUCACGUUGUUUGUACAGGUGUGCGUCAGGAGCGAGGAUUCUCUUUGUUCGCAUUGCUGGCUGAGCGUCCUGGCGACGACCCGAGGAUGGCGGCGGGCGUUGUUCUACUUGCCGUUGUCCUGUGUUCUGGCGUGGCGACCUAACCGGCUCUGGCUGUCCUACGUCGCGGCCGGCAUGUUGGCGGUGCUGUCCUUGUUGCAUAUUGCAUCGAGCGCGCUCGGACGGCGAGGUCCUUGCCAAUCGAAUGGGGCCGAUUCGGUCGGCGAGAGCCUCUUGAACUCCAGGCAGGAGAAUUACGAUCGCUUUGAGGAGGUUCUAGUGACGGAGGUGCUCGACGACGGCGUAUCAGCACCAGGACGCUGUCCCGGGGACAGUGACGGCGAGAUAUGACACGAGCGACGGCCCUCUUGGGCCAGCGAAUCCGACGAGGACAGCGAACUGGAACAAAGGACCUGUCAGAUCGCCACGCUGUCUUAGUCAUCGGCGACGAGCCGGAGGAAUUUCCCUCCCCCGAUUCAAUCUGGUCCUGCAAGGAGGGUGUCAAUAACGCGUCGAUGAUUCCGCUUGCGGCGAGGAUAAGCGUGAGGAGUAUACGAGGCCGGGUGAGAUGACGUCUCACGAAAAUGCGGGCGGAUUAAAGGAACGGGAAUUCAUCGUGCGAGAGAUCCACGAGGCUAAAAACGGAUAAAGAGAAACGAUAAUCAGAGGGACUAUAAAAAACGACGAUGUGACGAUAAGACGAUAAUUAACGCGCGCGCGCACUCAGCUCGUGCGAGAGAGCGAAUUGGCGCGUGAAUAUUUUUCUUAGAUAGAAGUCUGUCGGUUAAACGGAUGAUUUUUUUAUGUCAUCAAUAUAUUUCGGAACCAUACACAGGUACAAAUGUAUAAUAAUACUCAUGUAAUUGCAUGAUGUACAAAACAACCACAAAACAUGGUUUGUGUGUAUGUCAAUAAACUAUUAUACAUUCAUGUUAAAA